AACGUAUUACUGAAAAGUGAUAUUCUGACUAAAGCAGCCGUAUACUAACAUUUUGUUCCUGCUUUUAGUUUAAGUAGUUAGAACAGCGAAGAGAGAGGUUGCAAUCAUUUCCGCCACUGAGCUCAUCUUUCAAGGAAAAUCGAGUGGACCAUGGAUUUGUGUUUCAAACGAAAGCAUUGGAAGACCUGCUACUAUUUAAUUGGCUGCAUUCUUUUAUUCUUGCCAUCCAUUAGUUUUGGGUGGACUGUAAAAAAAUGCAACGUUGCAGAUAGAUCUAUGCUACUUCGUGAUCCCAUGUUUGCCACUCGCUGUUCUUUAUAUAAAAAUGCAACUUCCCUGGCUUUGUGUGGCAAUAUUACAAAUAUAACUGCUGACAUAUCAGAUGUUCCUUCUACAAUUAAUAUCCUCUGUCUUUCUGGCAGCAACACAUUCAUUCCAGGAGGCACCUUUGCUAACUUCAAGAGGAUCAAAUAUUUGUUCAUGAAGAUGCCUUUGGUGAGAAUUUACCCAAAUGCCUUCAAAGGACUGGAAAGUCUAGAAUCUCUCGCAAUCUCAUUUCUCGGGCAUUCAAAGUGCAAUAAUCUCUCUAUACCCACAGAUGCCUUUAGCAAUUUAUACUAUUUGAGAGAUCUCAGCAUAGAAGGAUUUAAACUGGUCAAAAGCAUGCUCAUACAUCUUCCUUUCUCUACAUCCCUCUAUUCACUUUCACUUCCUACAAACUGCAUCACUGACUUGUUUCAUGUGUUUCAUAUCUUCCAAAACCUCAUCUUUAUACAUAACUUAGAUGUGGGUUCUAACAAAAUAGAGCGUGUCAGUCUUCAGCACGAUCUAAAUAUAAGUCUGCCAAACAUAACAGAGCUUGUUUUGGAAAAAAAUCCCUUAAUUCUCAUCCAGCAAAACGCCUUAGCGAGAUUUGGUAUACAUCUUUUAAAUCUUGGUUUUACAAAGUUAAAUUUGGAAGACAUAUUGAACGCUGGAGUAGAGAACUUAAAAAGUUUGAGUCUUACAUCUGCAUGUAGACGUGCAAUUAACAAAACACAUACGUUGUGCUCGAUAGCUCAAAGAUUUCAGCUUAAAUCACUCAGUGCACCAGUCAACCGAUUCUCUGGAAUCUACACAAAAGACUUUUUAGGUUGCUCUUCUCUUGAAUUCCUUAACUUAAACCAUAAUCAUAUACAUAUUGUUGACCCUGACCUACUCUACACAUUACCAAAGUUAAAAGAAUUGCAUUUGUCUUAUAGCCUGCUUCAUAUGAAUCUAUGCCCUUUAUCAUAUCAAGAUAAUUUUACAUCAAGUGUAGAAGCACUGUAUUUCAUUGGCAAUAGAAUCACUGUUUUGAAAAACAAGCAAUUCUUUUGUAUGACUAAGCUUACAGAUUUACUUCUCGCUAGGAAUGGCAUUGAACACAUUGAAGAAUCAGCAUUUUGGGGGCUGAAUGAUUUGCGAGUGUUAGAUCUAAGAAAUAACAGACUUACCUCUUUACAAAUUAGCUCUCUAUCAGGGCUUUCUAAUUUAAUGGAACUCUAUUUACAAAACAAUGUGAUGGAAAGUAUGCAAAGAUACUCUUUAAAAUGGCAAACCAAACUCCGCCUAGUGAAAAUUGGCUUUGUGUCCGUUUCUGUUAGUUUUGAAUUGUUUCCAAACACAGAGACAUUAGACAUCCAAACAACUGGUAAAUAUAUAACUGUGUUUAUGAAUGAAACUGCAGCUUCCUCUCUGAAAUCACUGAGCGUGAAUGGAAGUCAUGUCGAAUUAGAUAUUAAGUGCGGCCAUCAAUUUUUUUCCACUUUAAGAGAAUUGAAAGUAAUUAACAACAAUGGAUUAAUUUCAUGCUCACAUUAUGGUUACCAGCUGGAGCACUUUGAGAAUCUGGAGAAUAUACAGUACCAUUUUAGCGGUGCCCCUUUGACUAGAAAUGUCAAUUUUUCAAAUAUUGCUAAUCUGAGAAGUCUAGAAGUAGAAAACCUUGCAACAGCCCUUGACCCGAAUGUUCCCCCAAAUGAUCUUUUCCAUAAGCUGCACAAACUGGAAGUUCUCAAGCUUUUCAACUGUGGAUUUAAAUACAUGACCACCGCGCUUCUCAAGGACAUGAGAUCCCUGAGAGUUCUUGUAAUGAAGAAUCAAAUGAUUCUAGCAGUCGACCCAGGAUUACAGAAUACACUGAGUCCAUUGGAAUUCAUCUAUUUUAUUGAUGUUACGUUCCAAUGCGAUUGUGAUAAUUCUUGGUUUGUUACCUGGGCACUAGAAGACAAACACACAUUUGUAUCAGGGAUCUGUUCUUUAUUUUGCCUUCAGCUUAAUAAGAAGUUUAACCUGGUGAAUUUCAGUGAAAGUAGCUGCAGACAGGAAAUAGAUUUUAUGCUGUUUGUAAUAACAUUUACUUCACUGCUCCUGUUUAUUGUGCUAACUAUGCUCUGCAAUAUUUUUAAUUCAGAUAUCAUCCAACUUUUUUACGUAUUUCAGAUAUGGUUGAAGAAACUUCGGGGUAAAACAAACAAUCCCAUUGCAUAUGAAUACGAUGCCUUUGUGUCUUACUGCAGCAGGGAUCAAGGCUGGGUGGUAAACUACCUUGUCCCUAAUUUGGAAGAAAAAGGGAGAAAUACUAUAAAACUGUGUUUGCACAAUAGGGAUUUUCUGGUUGGAAAAGAUAUUGUGGAUAACAUAAUGGAUAGUAUCUACAAGAGCAGGAAGACCAUCUGCUUAAUUAGUUACAAUUAUUUGCAGAGUGACUGGUGCUCUUUAGAAAUGAGGAUGGCCACCUAUAAGUUACUUGCAGAGAAAAACGAUGAUCUGAUUUUAGUUUUUUUGGAAAGCAUUUCUGGUUACCAUUUGUCAGCAUAUCACAGAUUGGCAAGGAUCGUGAGAAAGAAAACAUACAUAGAUUGGCCUCAGGAAGAGAAUGAGCAAGCUGAAUUCUGGGAGAGGCUGAGAAUGACAGUUCUGGAAACUAAGGAAGAUUAAGUGAGCUGUAUAGGGAAUUGUAGUCAUAGCACCGGAAUGGACAACGGUUGUACAUCUAUGGCCCAUAUAGCUUUUUUUCUUAUAUUACAGGCCGAGCUAACUGCUCUAUUGUAACCCAUGUCCUGCUGAACAAGAUAGUAAUAUAUAAUUAAUACAGACCUGUACAAUGAUAAAGAUUGAUGUUUACCCUGUUCUGUUUGUUGUCUACUAUUGUCAGAGUGGUCAGACAGCCAGGGUCCACAGAUGUAAAGUCUCUUGUGCCCAUAGGCUUAA